AUGCUCCCUGGUCACUCCCAGUUCCACGCGAGCUUCUGCAUUAGACAGACCAACCUAAUAGAACCGCACCCUCCCGGUACAAUUACACCUCCACCUCACGAGCACCUCACAAGCACCUCCAUCUUACAAGCACCUCCAUCUCACAAGCACCUCAUAAGCACCUCCACCACACAAGCACCUCCACCUCACGAGCACCUCACAAGCACCUCCAUUUUACAAGCACCUCCAUCUCACAAGCACCUCAUAAGCACCUCCACCACACAAGCACCUCACAAGCACCUCCAUCUCACGAGCACCUCUACCUCACGAGCACCUCACAAGCACCUCUACCUCACGAGCACUUCACAAGCACCUCCACCUCACAAGCACCUCAUAAGCACCUCCACCACACAAGCACCUCCACCUCACGAGCACCUCACAAGCACCUCCAUUUUACAAGCACCUCCAUCUCACAAGCACCUCAUAAGCACCUCCACCACACAAGCACCUCACAAGCACCUCCAUCUCACGAGCACCUCUACCUCACGAGCACCUCACAAGCACCUCUACCUCACGAGCACUUCACAAGCACCUCCACCUCACAAGCACCUCAUAAGCACCUCCACCACACAAGCACCUCCACCUCACGAGCACCUCACAAGCACCUCCAUUUUACAAGCACCUCCAUCUCACAAGCACCUCAUAAGCACCUCCACCACACAAGCACCUCACAAGCACCUCCAUCUCACGAGCACCUCUACCUCACGAGCACCUCACAAGCACCUCUACCUCACGAGCACUUCACAAGCACCUCCACCUCACAAGCACCUCAUAAGCACCUCCACCACACAAGCACCUCCACCUCACGAGCACCUCACAAGCACCUCCAUUUUACAAGCACCUCCAUCUCACAAGCACCUCAUAAGCACCUCUACCUCACGAGCACCUCACAAGCACCUCUACCUCACAAGCACUUCACAAGCACAUCACAAGUACCUCUACCUCACAAGCACCUCACAAGCACCUCCACCUCACAAGCACCUUACAAGCACCUCCAACUCACGAAGCACCUCCACCUCACAAGCACCUUACAAGCAACUUCGACUCAUGAGCUCCUUCAACUCACAAGCACCUCCACCUCAUGAGCACCUUACAAGCACCUCCAACUCACAAGCACCUUACAAGCACCUCCGACUAAUGAACACCUUCAACUCACAAGCACCUCCACCUCACAAGCACCUCACAAGCACCUUACAAGCACCUCCGACUCAUGAGCACCUCCAACUCACAAGCACCUCCACCUCACGAGCACCUCACGAGCACCUCCACCUCACAAGCAUCUCACAAGCACCUUACAAGCACCUCCGACUCAUGAGCACCUCCAACUCACAAGCACCUCCACCUCACGAGCACCUCACGAGCACCUCCACCUCACAAGCAUCUCACAAGGUACAAGCAUCUCACAAGCAUCUCACAAGCACCUCCACCUCACAAGCACCUCCACCUGACGAGCACCUCACAAGCACCUCACGAGCACCUCCACCUGAUGAGCACAUCACAAGCACCUCCAUCUCACGAGCACCUCACAAGCACCUUACAAGCACCUCCAAGUCACGAGCACCUCCACCUCACAAGCACCUUACAAGCAACUUCGACUCAUGA